CGACAUGCUCUCGGCCCAGCGCUACGUCAGCAAAAGAACCGAAUGAUGGCGGUGUCCAUAGUAAAGCGCUCGACUGCUGCUACCUCCUUAUUAAUAUCAUUUUUAAUAUUUCAUACGUCUAAUGCGGAUAUUCCUGUGGCAGUUGCAGAAUCUCCGGAAGCUCCUCACCGGCGCUUUGAAUACAAAUAUAGUUUCAAAGGACCGUAUCUUACUCAAAGUGACGGCACUAUUCCUUUUUGGGUCCAUACUGGAAAUGCCAUACCCAGUGCUGAUCAGGUUAGAAUCACAACAUCUUUGAGAAGCCAGAGAGGAUCAGUAUGGACAAAAAAUACGGUGAACUUUGCUAACUGGGAAGCGGAAGUGACGUUCAGGGUGUCCGGACGGGGCAGAAUGGGAGCAGAUGGACUGGCUAUCUGGUUCACAGAAGGACAGGGUCUUGAGGGACCAGUGUAUGGUGCCGCCGAUUCUUGGAACGGAGUUGGAAUUUUCUUUGACUCCUUUGACAAUGAUGGAAAGAAAAACAAUCCUGCAAUUAUCGUUGUUGGAAACAAUGGUAAAUUCAUGUACGACCACCCCAAUGAUGGAACAACUCAAGCUCUUGGAUCAUGCUUAAGGGACUUCCGAAAUAAACCCUACCCAGUCAGAGCAAAAAUCACGUACUACAAGAAGUCAUUGACUGUUAUGAUCAAUAAUGGCUUCACCCCUGACAGGGAUGACUUUGAAUUGUGCACCAAAAUUGAAGACAUGAUCAUCCCACAAGAAGGAUAUUUUGGAAUCUCUGCAGCCACUGGCGGACUUGCAGAUGAUCACGAUGUUCUUUCGUUCCUGUUGUUCAGACUAACGGAACCUGGGCAGCAGCCGGCUCCACCUGAUGUUGAGAUUCCAAAAGAAGAAAAGGAUAAAUAUCAAGCUGAGUUUGAGAACUUCCAGCAGGAGCUGGACAAGAAGAAAGAGGAGUUUCAGAAGGAGCACCCAGACGUCCAGGGAGAACCAGUGGAGGAAAUGUAUGAAAGCGUAAACGACCGUGAGAUCCGGCAAGUGUUCGAAGGCCAGAAUCGGAUUCACCUGGAGAUUAAACAGCUUCACCGGCAAUUGGCCAUGAUUCUUGAUGAGCAGCGUCGUUACGUCACCGUAGUGACCGACGAGAUAGCUAAGCGGGGAGCCCAUGCUCAGUCUGGUCAGGUUCCUAAUCAAGAUAUUGACAACAUCAUCAACAAGCAAGAGGAGGUGCUGAGAAGCCUGAAUGAGCUGAGGAGCUCAUUUCAUGAGUCUGUGAGACAAAUUGGCUCCGCCCAGCAUCAGGGGAAUGCAGCUGGAACUUACGAGGCUGUCCAGCACUUUAAUGACAUCAAAGAACACCUGCACGUGGUCAAAAGAAACAUCGACCACCUAAUCCAGCGCAAUGUGAACCCUAGUGAAAAGGUGAACUGCCCUGAACUACCACCUUUGCCCUCUUGUCUGUCAACGAUUCAUUUCCUGGUCUUUGUGACCAUUCAGUCAGUCCUCUUCAUCGGAUACAUCAUCUACAGAAGUCAACAAGAAGCGGCAGCCAAAAAAUUCUUUUGAUGAAACUUUUCACAAUGGAAAGAAUAAUGAUCUGUAAAUGACGGAAUUUAUAGCAUCUUAAUUUGUCCAGUUACUUUCAAAUUAUAAAUUAUUGUACAGGUCAUGAAUGAAUGCUUGCUUUAAUUGUGUGUGUGUGGAAAUUAUGAUCAAAAAUUUGUAAACAUAAAUGUACUGUACUAAACAUAUACAAUUUGCAUCUCGGUAGGGGUUAUUGAAAAGUAUUAAAAUUACUGUUGACCACUGUCUUUUUACGUUUUGUAAAGCUCUGAAAGUAAUAUAUCAGAUUCUGAAUUUGCAGUGGAAAAUGAAAAUGGAGGCCCAGAAUGUGUGUUCAAGUGUUAAAAUUAAAUUCCAGAAUAAAAUAUUUUUUUCUCAAAGAAAAAAACAAAACUGCACAACUGCAAAUUUGUUUCUGCUUUGUUUUUUUAUUAUUUUAUUUUCGCCAUAAUUCUGUCCAGUUUUGUUUGUAACCAUUUGUCUCAGUGCAAAAAGAGCAAAAAUUAAAAAGUGCAGUACUUUUUAA